AUGAGCUGGGUGUUCUUACGUGAUCUGCUGAGUGGAGUGAAUAAAUACUCAACAGGAAUUGGAAGAAUUUGGGUAGCUGUUGUGUUCCUGUUCCGCUUACUGCUUUAUGUUGCUGCCGCAGAAAACAUCUGGAAACAUGAACACGAUGAAUUUGAGUGCAAUAUCAAGCAGCCUGGUUGUGAAAAUGUCUGCUUUGACCAUUUCUUCCCUGUCUCUCACAUCAGAUUUUGGGCUUUGCAAUUAAUCAUGGUCUCCACCCCUUCACUCUUGGUUGUCUUUCAUGUUGCUUACAGAGAGAACCGAGAGAAAAACCACAACCAGAAACUUUACAAAAAUCCAGGAAAGAUAGAUGGUGGAUUGCUGUGCACUUACCUAAUCAGCCUCAUUUUAAAAACAGGACUUGAAAUAUUUUUUCUUGUUCUGUUCUAUAAAUUGUACAACGGAUUCAAAAUACCACAUCUUGUGAAAUGUGACAUAAAACCAUGUCCCAAUACUGUAGACUGUUAUAUUUCCAAACCCACAGAGAAAAUGAUUUUCCUCUGUUUUCUGGUGGCAACUUCAUGCCUGUGCAUUGUAUUAAAUCUAAGUGAACUGAGUUAUCUGAUGUUCAAAUACUCCAUAAAAUGUUAUCUGAAGAGACACGUGAAGAAGCAGCAAGGCUCAAAAGGCAAUUGCUGCGAAUCAGAACUCAUCAGGCACAACAGAGCAAGGAGCGCAAAGGGAGCCCAUGCCACCAACAGAGCACGACCACCGAGUUUAUCUGUAAGACCACCAUCUCACUUCCCUUUCAGAAAGUGCCUUGUUUAUUUAGUUUUCAAUGGUAUGGCAUAA